GGAAAGUAGUUUUCUGUCAUUAAACUGAAUUUCUGCUUACAUGUAAACAAGCACCUCUAUUGAAUUUUGUAUACUAACACUUAAUGUUGCACAAUACAUUUUUUAACCUGACAGUGUCCCUAAAUUAUCAUGUCUGUUUGCUUUCAUUUUCCAGCUGGGUUUUAAUUUUGCAUGCAUUUCAGUGAAAUACAGUAAGCAUAAUUGUUGUGUCCUGGAAGCAUUUUGGGGCUGUCUCUGCUAGUGCUCUCCAAAACAAGCAAGUUUAUCAUAGGAGCCUCUGUGAAGCUGUUUUUUUGAAGUAAUGCCAAUAGAAAGUGGAAGUUGUGCAUCUGCUCGCCAAGCAAAGCAGAAACGUAAAUCACACAGUCUUUCAAUCCGAAGAACCAACAGUUCCGAGCAAGAACGGGCAGGACUGCAGAGAGACAUGUUGGAAGGGCAGGAUUCUAAACUACCAUCUUCCGUACGGAAUACGCUCCUUGAACUUUUUGGACAAAUAGAGCGGGAGUUUGAAAACCUGUAUAUUGAAAAUUUGGAAUUACGUAGAGAGAUUGAUACACUGAAUGAGCGUUUAGCAGCUGAAGGACAGACAAUUGAUGGAGCUGAACUGAGCAAAGGACAACUGAAAACAAAAGCCAGUCAUAGUACCAGUCAGCUUUCUCAGAAACUAAAGACAACUUACAAGGCAUCUACUAGCAAGAUUGUAUCCAGUUUCAAAACUACAACAUCAAGGGCAAUCUGUCAACUGGUAAAGGAAUAUGUUGGCCACAGGGAUGGUAUUUGGGAUGUCAGUGUCGCGAAAACUCAACCAGUGGUGUUGGGAACUGCAUCUGCUGAUCACACUGCUUUGCUGUGGAGCAUAGAAACAGGGAAGUGCCUGGUCAAGUAUGUAGGGCAUGUUGGGUCAGUAAAUUCCAUAAAGUUUCAUCCAACUGAGCAAGUGGCCCUUACAGCAUCUGGAGACCAGACAGCUCACAUCUGGAGGUACAUAGUACAGUUGCCUACACCUCAGCCAACGGCAGACUGCAAUCAAAUGUCUGGAGAAGAUGAAGUUGAGUUCUCAGAUAAAGAUGAACCUGAUGGAGAUGGAGAUGGUUCUAGUGAUUGUCCCACUGUCAGAGCUCCAUUAACUUCACUCAAAAGCCAUCAAGGAGUGGUCAUAGCAGCCGACUGGCUUGUUGGGGGGAAGCAAGCUGUGACAGCAUCAUGGGACAGGACAGCAAAUCUGUAUGAUGUAGAGACUUCCGAACUUGUCCAUUCGCUUACAGGGCAUGACCAAGAGCUAACACAUUGUUGUACACAUCCCACCCAACGUCUUGUGGUGACAUCAUCACGCGAUACAACCUUCCGUCUGUGGGAUUUCAGAGAUCCUUCUAUCCAUUCUGUGAAUGUCUUUCAGGGCCACACAGACACUGUGACAUCUGCAGUUUUCACUGUGGGCGACAACGUUGUUUCUGGUAGUGAUGACCGUACUGUAAAAGUUUGGGAUUUGAAAAACAUGAGGUCUCCUAUUGCAACGAUCCGUACAGAUUCUGCAGUCAACAGGAUUAACGUAUGUGUUGGCCAAAGAAUCAUCGCCCUUCCACAUGACAACCGACAGGUUCGAUUAUUUGACAUGUCAGGAGUGCGAUUAGCACGCCUCCCUCGCAGUAAUAGACAGGGCCACAGAAGAAUGGUGUGCUGCUCAGCCUGGAGUGAGGACCAUCCAAUCUGUAACCUCUUCACGUGCGGAUUUGAUCGUCAGGCUAUCGGUUGGAACAUCAACAUCCCUGCUUUGUUACAAGAAAAAUGAAAUGCUGGAAGAAUUUUUGCGUUUUAAGUUGCCAUGGACUUCUACACUUUCGCAGACUUUUCUGAACACUGGUCUGCUGUUGCUGUAAAAGCUCUUCCUUAAGUGGAGACUUUAGCAAAUGUUGUUCUUGUUACCACAUUGUGCACAGUUUGCAUGAAUUGUACAGAAAAUGUGAUUUUUUUAAAAUUAGUUUGUCUUGUGUAUGAACUUUUAUAUUUUGGCAUCCACUGGUCAAUAUGUUCACUGUUGCAUAGAGCGCAUAAAUGUUCAUAAGUUAUUUAGCAUUUAAUAGAUACACAGUAGGGCAUUACAUUUGUGACAUAAAUGUGAAACUUAGGUAAUUAAUGUAGAAAGUGUAUAGCAGUCUGUUACGUUUUUCCAUGACCCUACAUAUCUGCCUUGUGUUAAGAAGAAUCUGCAGGGCUAAAACUUUGAAAUGAAGUGUGAAUUUCACUAGUUGUAUGAUUGUAAACAGUCUCCUGUUUGCAUCUGAUUUGGAAUACUUUUUUUAGUGCUGCAGUAUAGUGCAACUUCAACUCCAUUUUUAUUCCAGUUACUGGAGAAAUAGUAGAUUUGAGAAGGAAAAUGCAAGCAAGUUGUAGUGGGUAUAGACUGCCAGGUUUAUUUGGAAUGCUUUUUGUACUUUUUCUUUCGGAAAAGAAAAAUACUCAUUCUGCCCUUCUUAUAUAAAGUGAUCUAAAAAUCUCAUUAGCAUUUCAUACUAGCGAAAAAUCCAGAAUAUUAUGAUUCUAAUCACUGAAAUCUAGUCAAGCAAAUUUUGAAGCACUUUAGUUUAUAGCUGUUGUUAUAAACCAUUUAUGAAAGUUUGACUUUACCAGUGAAUGUGAGCUGACCUUUGUAAGGAGGAUUGCUUCUUUUUGGUGAUCUGCCCAGAAAGGAAAUAGUUUUUUUGGGGGUUGGUUUGGUUUUGGUUUUUUGUUCGGUUUUUUUGGUUUGGUUUUUUUUUUUUAAUAUAUAUAUACCUACAGCGAGCAUACUUUUAAUUGUGUUCACUUCCCAUAUUUUUAUUUUGAGCCAGCAAUACAAAGUAAAUGAGUACUACCUCAAAAAUGAAUGUUGGUCAAGAUGCAUUGAAUCUCUCUGUAGCCUAGAAAAAAGCACUUUUGGUCUCUGGCUGAAGUACUGUCUCUGACAUGAGAGGAAAGACAAUCAUACUAAAGGUGAUCCUUAAGGUAAUUAACACUUAAAGCUAAUGGAGCAAUACGAUAAGUAAACAUCAUCUGUCACCUUUCUGUUCUCAGCCGUGGCAAGGGCUGCUGCAGCCCCUAUUCUGUUCCAAAAGGGCGCAAUCUCCCCUCUUUCUCCCAAAUGAUCUUACCCUGGUUUUGCUCCUCGCUGUGCUUAACCUUUAUGGCACUGGCAGCGGGGUGUUCUACCACAGCUGCUGCUGAUAGAAGUAAAUGCAGGUGGCAGCUGACAUCUUCGAAAGAACAAAAAGGCUGCUUCAGACAGACACUUCUUUUUAGCUGAAGGGAGAUACUGCCCCGACCUGUCUGACAGCGUAAGGUGAAGGGUGAGGGUACGCCAGGGGUGCACUCUUACA